AUGCGCCCAGUGGGUGUCCACGGAGGUGCUGAUGAUCACUGCGGUCCCGUAUACGACGGGACAAAGCGACAGGCUCGGGAGAGAGCGGCAUACACGGGCCCGGCUAUGCUGCAUGAUAAUUGUCUGGGAAAAAGCAACGAGGGCGUCAUUAUCUGCCCAUUAUUGUGUCUCCUCAAGGUCGGCGGCAAACUGCAGCUCCUCUUCUGUGUCUCUGAGGCACCAGCCCGACCGGAUCGAGGUCAACACCCGUGUGCCACUGUACCCGCAGCCAGCGAGACCCGUACGCCAAGCCAGUUCGAAAUGCCCAAGACAGCAAAGGGCACCGAACGGCUGGAAGGGCAGCUUGAUAGAACGCUGCCAUCAAGUAUGUACAUGGAGGAUUUCUCUAGUGACGGGUAG